AUGCCUGGUUGGUUGCCACAAUGGCAUUGUGGAGUGAGAGCAAAGCAGAGUGGACGUCUACUGGCAUUUAUAGCAGCGGUUCCUCAAACGAUUCGUGUCUAUGAUAAGGAACGUCCUAUGGUGGAAAUCAACUUUCUUUGCGUACACAAGAAAUUAAGAUCAAAAAGGGUAGCUCCGGUGCUUAUACGCGAAAUUACUAGACGUGUAAAUCAACAGAAAAUCUUUCAAGCUGUAUACACAGCAGGAGUUGUGUUGCCUAAACCGGUAGCAGUAUGUAGAUAUUGGCAUCGUUCUCUGAAUCCAAAGAAGCUUAUCGAUGUUAAAUUUUCACAUCUUUCGGCGAAAAUGACGAUGGCCCGCACGAUUAAGUUAUACAAACUUCCUGAUGCGCCGAUAACCAGUGCCCUACGGCCACUAGAGAAGAAGGAUGUUUCGUCGGCAUGGAAGCUGUUAUCGGAAUAUCUGAAGCAAUUUUCACUAGCUCCCGUAUUCACGAAGAAAGAAUUUGAACACGUAUUCACUCCAAUUGAAGAUGUUGUUUAUACCUACGUAGUGGAGACAGGAGGAAAAGUGACGGAUAUGCUAUCAUUUUAUUCGCUUCCAUCAUCAGUCAUGCAACAUCCGGUACAUAAGAGUAUUCGAGCAGUGUAUUCGUUCUAUAACGUCGCCACUACAGUUUCAUUCAAGCAGCUCAUGAAUGACGCUUUGAUUAUCGCUCAUAAACUAGGCUUUGAUGUGUUCAAUGCAUUGGAUCUCAUGCAAAACGCUUCAAUCUUGGAAGACUUGAAAUUCGGCAUUGGAGAUGAAGUUGUGCCGUCCAUUUCUUCCUUGGCGGCACUCUAG